AUGCGCCUCAGUCUCGUGCUGCUAUCAGUUGUAGUCGUGCUUCUUUCAAGUAGCCGGUGUGACGCGAAGAGUCUGCGCCAAGACUCCCCCUACAAGACCAAGGAAUCGGCUGAAAAUGAAGAAAGGAGAUUCAUCUUUUCGAACAAGAUUAACCCCGAAGCGGUGCCGAUCAAGUCAUCGAAGUGGAAUAAUGCUCUCACCAAGGUGCUUAAAUCCAUUCUUCCGCAUAAAGAAGGCAUAUUGGUGCACAAGGGGAACGACCAGUGGAGCAAAGCUCAGACUCGAAAGGACACGCGUACAGCUCUACCUGUGCACUGA